AUGAUUUCAUUAUUUAAUAAAUCACUUUUAAAAACCCCAUAUAGAUAUAAUAAUAAUAGUUUAAAUAUUAAUAAAUCAAUAUUAUACAAUAGACCGCAAUAUAGUUAUAACAAUAGAUUAUUUACAACCAAUAUUAAUAAUGGAACACUUUUAUUAAAUAAUACUGAUGAGGCUAGUUCCAGUCUUAAUCCAUCGCUCAAUAAUAAUAAUAAUAAUGAAGAGUCAUUAAAUACUAGUAACAAUAGUAACAAUAAUAAUAAUGAAAAUCAACAAAAAACAAAAAAAAUUAAAAUAAAAAUUAAAUCAAAAGAUCCAUAUUUGGAAUUGGCUGGAAAUAAAAAAAUUUAUUUUAGUAAGCAAAAACAACAAGAGCGAUCAAAGCUAAGGGAGCUUGACUUGGUUGAUAAACCAUUACUGGAUGUAGAUUUAAAUUUCAAUCUUUAUAACCAUGGUUUUGAUAGCUCACAAAAUUUUACAACGGAUAUAUCAAGACAUAAUGACACAGAAUUAAUAUCGUCUAUACCAUCAGCUAUUGUUGAUAAACCAAAAAAUAUUAGACAAUCUAAAAGAAAGAAAUUGGAAAUGGCAUUAUCAAACAUGGCCAAUGGUAAUAGUAAUGAUAAUACAAUAGCCACCAAUAAUGUAAAUAGUAGUCAAACUGAUAGUAAUAACAGUAACAGUAAUAUUAAUGUAAAUAUAAAUAAUGUAAAUAAUAUGCCAAAUAAUAACAACAAAAUAGAAACCAAUAUUUCACAAGCUUCAGACUCGUCUUCACCAACAAUAUCUACUAUGGCAGAUGGGGCACAAAAGCAUACAGUUUUAAUUGAUGGAACAUUAAUGGCAUACAAGGUUCAUGCCACAGGUAAAUCACUAUAUCAUUUAGGAGAAAAUGUUACAAUUCUAUAUGGAUUUAUUAGAUCAUUAUUAAAAGUCAUCAAUAAUUUAAAUCCUGUAGAUAAUAUUGUUGUUUGCUUCGAUCCAAAAGGAGGUAGUAGCUAUAGAAAGGAAAUGUUCCCUCAAUAUAAAUCACAAAGACCAAGUACUCCACAGGAUGUAUUGGAGCAAUUUAAAAAGUUACCAGAAAUCACAGAUUCAUUAGGUAUUAAAUUUGCAGUUAUGAAUGGAUUUGAAUGUGAUGACUUAUUAGCAAGUUAUGCAAGACAGGCAUGCGACAGAGGUGACCGUGUAACUAUUGUAUCAGAAGAUAAAGAUUUGCUUCAAUUAGUUAGAAAAAAUGUUUCAGUUUAUAAUGUUAGAACCGAUACAAUGAUGGAUGAGAGUGAAGUCUUCAAUAAAUAUGGUAUUGAACCAAAUAAACUUGUAACUCUUCAAAGUUUAAUAGGUGACAAGGUAGAUAAUAUCCCAGGUAUCCCAAAAAUUGGUCCAAAAACAGCCACAGAAAUCAUUAAACAAUAUGGUACACUCCAUGAAAUCAUUGAUAAUAUCGAAGCAUUACCCCAAAAAUUUAUUGACCCAAUCAAAAAUUCAAUUGACCAAUUAAUGGUAUCAUAUCAAUUGGUAACAUUGGACGAAAAUGUAGAUUUAGAAAUUCCAUUAAGUAGUCUAGAGUUUAAACCAAUCGAUAAAACAAAGUUUUUAAAUUUUUUAGAAAAAUAUCAAUUCAAUACAAUUAAAAAUCAAUUAAGAAAUUAUAAAUUAAAAUUUUUAAAUGAAGAGGGUCAAGAAGAAUUGGCAAGUAAUACAAGGGAAUAUAGCAAAAUUGAAUAUGAUUAUGUCGAUGAUGAACAUUAUAAAUUUGAAGAAAUGUCAAAUGAAGAAAUUAAUCAAUUAAAACCAAAGAAUGUAACUAUGGUUAGGGAUGUUGAAACAGCCAAAAAAGCCGUUGCAACAUUAAUGCAACAUAAAAAUAAGUAUCAUGCAUGCGAUACAGAAACUAUAGCAAUCGAUUUAAAGAAAGUUUCACCAAUAGGUCAUGGAAGAAUGAUUUGUUUUAGUAUUUAUUGCGGUCCUGAUGUAAAGUUCUUUGAUGGAAAUACUCGUCUAUGGGUCGAUGUAAUGGAUGAUAUUAAUGGCGAAGCUGUAUUGCAAGAGUUUAAAGAGUACUUUGAAGACGAAUCAAUAUUAAAAGUAUGGCACAACUAUGCAUUCGAUAGACAUAUCUUUUAUAAUCAUAAUAUCAACGUAAAGGGUUUUGGCGGUGAUACACUUCAUAUGGCUCGUCUAUGGAAUGCAGCAAGACAGAAUUCAGGUGGUUACUCAUUGGAAGCACUCUGCAGAGAAUUGUUAAAUAAAACCAAAACUCCAAUUAAAGAUUUAUUUGGUCAAAAGAAAAUUAAAGCAAAUGGCGAAGCUGGUAAAGCAAUCACUAUACCGCCACUCCAGCGUAUUCAAAGAGAUAGGAGAUCAAUAUUAGACUGGAUAGAAUAUUCUUCAUUGGAUUCAGAAUUAACAUGGUCAUUAAGAGAAAAUUUACAUAUGAAAUUAGAAGAUAUGGUAUGGACACAAAAUUCGACAAUGUGGGAUUUCUAUUAUUUAAAUUGGAGACCUUUCGGCCAUCUAUUAACUGAAAUGGAGCAAAGAGGAAUGAAGAUUGAUAUCGAUUAUUUAAAGAAUCUGGAAUCAACAGCCUUUAAAGAUAUGGAAGAAAAUAGAAAUAGGUUUAUUAGUUGGGCAUCAAAGCAUUCAGAAGGUGCAAAAUAUAUGAAUCCAGAUAGUGAUGCUCAAAUUCAACAAUUACUAUUUGCGCCCGUUACCAAUAAAAAGACUAAAGAGGAGAUGCCAAAAUCCAAAGACUUUGAAACAGAGAAUGUAGAAGGAAUUAUAGAAGAGGGUAGAACCAAACCAAAGAAAAAUAUGUCAUUUAUCCUUGAUGGUCUUGGUUUCCCAUCCAAUAGUGUAACUACAAGUGGUUGGCCAUCAGUCGAUGCAUCUGCAUUAAGGGAGUUGGCUGGAAAAAGCCCAGAAAAUGGAAAGUUUGGUACUGCCUAUCAAUUCUUUGUUGAUAAAUCCGAAAAUAAAGAAGAGGGUGAGGCAUUGGGUAAAGAGGCAUGCUUGGCUAUAGCAUCACUAUUGGAGCUUGGAACUAUUGGUACCCUUUUAAAUACAUUUAUUAUUCCACUUCAAAAGUUAGCAGACAAAAACUCAAGACUUCAUACAUCAGUUAAUGUUAAUACAGAAACUGGUAGAUUAUCAUCAAGAAAGCCUAAUCUUCAAAAUCAACCUGCACUCGAAAAAGAUCGUUAUAAAAUUCGUAAAGCAUUUACAUGCGAACCAGGAAACACUUUAAUUGUAGCAGAUUAUGGUCAAUUGGAGCUUCGUUUAUUAGCACAUAUCACCAAUUGCAAGAGUAUGAUUAGUGCAUUUAAAGUAGGCGGUGAUUUCCAUUCAAGAACAGCAAUGGGUAUGUACCCACACGUUAAAGAGGCAGUAGAUAAAGGUGAGGUAUUAUUGGAAUGGGAUGGUGAUGGUGAACCACCAAAACCACUUUUAAAGAAUAUAUUUGCAAGUGAAAGAAGAAAAGCCAAAACAUUAAACUUCUCUAUUGCUUAUGGUAAAACUGCACAUGGUCUUUCAACUGAUUGGGGUGUAACACUAAAAGAAGCACAAGAAACUCUUAAUCGUUGGUAUGAAGAUCGUCCUGAAGUAUUGGUAUGGCAAAGAAAAACCAUUGCAACAGCACAUUCACAUAAGUGGACCAGAACAUUAAUGGGUAGAUAUCGUCAUUUACCAGAUAUCGAUAACAGUGCAAAAGGUAUGAAAAAUCAUGCAGAAAGAGCAUCCAUCAAUACUCCUCUUCAAGGUGGUGCAGCCGAUAUAGUAAUGAAAGCAAUGCUUAUCAUUGAAGAUAAUAAACGUAUCAAAGAAUUGGGUUACAAAUUAAUUAUGCAAAUACACGAUGAGCUUAUCUUGGAAGGCCCAGAAGAAAAUGCUGACGAAGCUAGAGGUUUGGUUAUGAACCUAAUGAGCAAUCCUCUAACAACUCCAUUAUUAAUCGAUUUGGUUGUAGAUUGUAGAUAUGCUAAAACUUGGUACGAAGCUAAAUAA